AUGGAUGAGGAAUUGGAAGAUGAACUGCUGCCAGAUGGAAUUAAGGAGAGUGGAACAGUCGCGGUUUGCCAUCAAAAUCUGCGUCGGAGAAUGGUCUACCGGCGUUUUCUCUAUGCGGUGUUAGCAGCUCAAUGUUUAGUUGUUGCUUUAGGUGAAAGUUCUCUAUUUUUAAUCUAUGCUCAAAGUUUUUCAGUGACUUCAGUUCUUUUCAUGACGCCUGGCGUCAGAGCUUUCGUACAGCAGCACCAAGAAAUAUUCUUGAUGUGUUUGGCGGCUCCGAUUGCAAGUGGUUUGAUUAUGAGAAAGUUUCGCCGAGUUCCUUUUUUAUCCAUUGUUUUUCAUCUUCUUCACACCGCCGCACUCACUCUUUUCUCUGCAGGUCCGUUUGAAAUCCAUGAUAAAAAACAAAUUGUUUAAUGAGAGCAAUUUGCUCAAAAUUUUCGCUUUCUGUCCUUGAAGAUUUUAAAUUAAUUUUCAGGCGUGACGGCGUAUUUCGAUAUGGAAGUGCUGUAUUUGAGUGCCUUCAUUAACUUUUUCAUGUUCUCUCUGUAUUUUCUAGCCACUUUUCAAUUUUUUAAAGACUUUUCUUUGGUUUUUUCCAUUAUUUUCUCUGUUUUAACUGCUUUUUGCAGUUCCGUUUUCUUGCAGUUGUUGCUUUCAAUUUACGUGUUUCCAUUCUUUUCUGUGAUCUUUUUUUCUGUCGCCUUUUUCUUGUACAUCAAUUUCAAUAUUAACUUCUUCAUGACCAAAUAUUCUCGAAAAAGACUGGUUGAAUGCUUUAACAUCCAUUCAUCUCAAUUUGCCCUUGUAAGAACUUUAUUUUAUGAUACUAUUUAAAAGAAAUAACAUUUAUGAAAAAAGUAAAUUUCUUUCAAUUUUUCUUGUUUUAAUUCGGAAAUUUAUUGCGGGUGUAUUGGCAUAAUUUCUCUUUUUUUGGUUUUAAUGCCACCAAAUCGUUUUUAUUCAUAGGGAAGAUUGAUUUUACAUGCUCUUUAGAUUAUCUACUCGACCAGCUUCAUACAUAGCGAGGUUAGGUCGUUUGAUAAUUUCAUUUAAAAACAUAUCUGUUACAGGAAAAACUAUUUCGAAGUUCUGGGCAUUGAUCGAACAGCUUCUAAGGAGGACAUAAAGAAAGCCUUUGUUGAGAAGACAAAUCAAGUAAUCCAUUUGGAACUAUAAUAAUAACUAGUUUAAGUUUUGUAGCUCCACCCUGACUCUGGAAAGUCGAAGGCCUUCGGAGAUUCCAGAGUUGGAUGGGCGGCAAAGUCUCAAACCGAGCAGUUUAUGCUCGUCAAGGUAAAUUAAAUCUCUUUUUCACAAAUGCUUUUUGAGUUUUCAGGAAGCUUAUGAUGUUCUAAGAAAUGACGAAAAGCGUAAGGCCUACGAAUCGCAGACUUUUGCUCGAGACGGCUUUUUAAUGGAGGUUUUUUUAAAUAAUUGAUACAGGAAGGGCACAAAAACCUUCAAUUCAAAAAUCAAAUUGUUUCUCUCGCGGUCUAUUCGAUAUAAAAUUGAGAUGGUAGAACAAAAAGGGCUUUUUUCAAACAAAAAAAAUUGUUUUCAAAUUUGAGGCCACAUCUAAGAAGUUCCGGGGAUCUACAAUAGUUGAGCUGAACGCGCAACGAAAUGAAUCCUAUAUGGGACCAAAUAGACGCGGCGUCGGCUCUGGAACUCAUUUCAGGUCCUUUUAAUUCUUGUUUCUUGUUUCUAUUUUAUCUAUUAUUCAAAACAUUUGCAACUCUACUUUUUUCUCUAACAUUCCUUCUGAAUUUCAAAUGUAUUCUGAGCGAGCUCUACAGAAGAGGUUAUGUGAAAGGAAUAUUUUAAAGUUGAGAAAAAAAAUUUUCGUAGUUAUUAACGAAGAUUUCACUUCAUUCAAGCUUUUUCAGAGACCCCGAAGAAGAAUAUUUUCGCGAAAAGCGCCGAAAUCGAAUGCUCCUCGUACUUUUUGGCGCCGCCGUUUCAUUGAUAGCUGCGAAUAUUCUUUUCGUAAGGUGGGAUAGUCUUGUGACAUUUAAAUCUUUUUUAAUGUGUUGUUUCCAACAGAUACCAACAUGGGAGGAAGACCCGAAACACUUGA